AUGGCGACCGAAUACAAACUCCCCUUCCAGCUCUCCGACCCGUCGAUCCUCCACUUCGACUCCUUCGUUAAUAACACCUGGGUUAAGUCUGCCAGCAAUGAGCACUUUGAGAUAAUCGACCCCGGCACCGCCCUCCCCUGGGGCGCGUGCCCAACCUUCCAAGCCACGGACGUCGACAGCGCCGUGCAAGCCGCGCACGCCGCCUUCACCACCUACAAAACCACCACCCCUCUCCAACGCUCCCAAUGGCUCACGAACUGGGACCAGCUCAUCCGGACGCACAAAGCCGAUCUCUCGCAAAUCAUCACCCACGAGACGGGCAAACCCCUCUCCGAAUCCCUCAGCGAGAUCGACUAUGCCUGCAGCUUCACGCGCUGGUUCGCAGGCGAAGCCGAGCGCAUCUCGGGGACGAUCAGCACGCCGGCAGUGCCCGGCCGACGCAUCCUGACCAUCAAGCAGCCGAUCGGGGUAUCCGUGGCGUUGGUGCCGUGGAACUUCCCCGUGGCGAUGGUGCUGCGCAAAGCCGGCGCGGCUUUGGCGGCGGGAUGCACGAUGAUCGUGAAGCCGAGUCCCGAGACGCCGGUGUCGACGCUGGCGGUGGCGUAUCUGGCGAUGCAGGCGGGGUUUCCCGCCGGCGUGUUUAACGUGCUGACGACGGAUUUGGGGAGCACGCCGAGUCUGAGCGAGGCGUUGUGUCGACAUGAGUUGGUGAAGAAGGUGACGUUUACGGGGUCGACGAGGGUGGGGAAGUUGAUUGCGAGGCAUUGCUCCGCUGGCUUGAAGAAGGUGACCCUGGAACUUGGGGGGAAUUGUCCGUUUUUGGUGUUUGAGGAUGCGGAUUUGGAGGGCGCGGUGGGGGCAUUGAUGGGCUUGAAGUGGAGGCAUGCCGGCCAGGCGUGUAUUACUGCCAAUCGGGUGUAUGUGCAGCGCGGGGUGUAUGAGGCGUUUGCGGGGUUGUUGAGGGAGAGGACGCGGGGGGGCGUCGAGAAGGCGGAGGCGCAGGUCGAGGAUGCGAAGAUGUUGGGCGCCAAGGUGAUUCUUGGUGGGGGGCGGGUGCAGGGGGAGAAGGGGUAUUUCUUCCAGCCGACCAUUUUGACCGGCAUGACCAGGGAGAUGGCCGUGUCCAGGGAGGAGAGCUUUGCGCCGUUGGCCGCGUUGUAUGUGUUUGACACCGAGGAGGAGGCGGUGCAGGUCGCCAAUGAUACGAGUAUGGGGCUGGCGAGCUAUGCGUUCACCAGGGAUGCGGAUCGGCUGUGGAGGUUGUUUGAGAAUUUGGAGGCCGGCAUGGAGAGCGGGUAUGGGAAGGAGAGUGGGAAGGAGGUUGCCGUGAAUGAGUAUUUGGUUACCAAGACGGGGACGCUGACGGUGCAGGGGCAUUAUUAG